CGAUCGUCCCAACAUAAAAAUCAUCAUGGCCACUAUAACCAUGGUCGAGCUUUCUGCUGGCAUCGAGGACGCCAACGCUAAGGCGCCCUGUAAGAAGGUUUUAGAAGGAGUCCUAAACGAUUUCAUGGAUCUCGCGUACGGAAAGGAAACACCAUACACCACCGGAAAAACUAUUGUCCCCACAGGAUCUACCAUUGAAGAUGUAGAUAAGGCAAUCGCUGAUGGCACCACGAAGAAAUCUUACAAAGAUGUUUGCGUCAGAAUCUCUGAAAAAGUAAAGAGUGGAGAUCUUACUCCUCAAGAAAAUGAUGGCAGUUGGGAUGCCAAGCUAACACCAGUUCUGGUGCUUGUAAGGGCUAAUAACAUUUAAUAUUUUGGCCAAGACUAUGUAAGGUAAUUUUUUGUAGUAGAGUCCACUGAGAGCAUGGAUUUACGCCCAAAUUAUGCAACUCCUUAUGCUUU